AUGAGUAAAGCACCUGCUAUCAUUCCUGCAGCUGUAAAGCAAACAGCUAGUUUAAUCUUUUUGCAUGGUCUCGGCGAUGUUGGGACAAGUUGGCUCGAAGCGUUUAACAUGUAUCGAAUCCCAAAAGCUGCUCCACAUGUUAAAUUUAUAUUUCCUCACGCUCCAAUUCAAAGAGUUACAUUAAAUAUGGGUAUGCCAAUGCCGUCAUGGUUCGAUAUCACUGGUCUCGAUCAAAAUGCGAAGGAAGAUCAAGAAGGCAUUGAAAAAUCAUCGAAACUCUUAAAAGAUCUCAUUGAAGAAGAAAUCAAAAAUGGUAUUCCACCAGAACGUGUCAUUGUUGGCGGUUUCUCCAUGGGUGGCGCUGUCGCUCUUCAUGCAGCAUUAACAUCUCCUCAUACACUUGGUGGUGUUUUGGCUCUAUCCACAUGGCUUCCAUUGUCAACGACAUUUCCUCAAGCACUAAUUUCCGGUGAUAAAAAGGUAAACCUACCCAUUCUUCAAUGUCAUGGUGACAGUGAUCCAAUGGUUCAAUUACGAUGGGCACGUAUGACUGCCGAUGGUGUGAAAGCCAUGGGCUUUAAACAAUAUUCUUUUCAAGAAUAUAAAAAUAUGGGUCACUCAUCAUGCGAUCAGGAAAUGACUGAUGUCACGUCAUUUAUUACGAAAUAUUUACCGAAAACCGACUGA